AUGGGGAUAGACCGGUCUCCAGAUAAAGGAGCUGCAACCAGUUCCAAUUCCUGUUGUCCGAUUUGUAACGCCGAGGUUGACGUAACGGCAUGCCAGCAUGAGUUUCAUAGGAAGUGCAUAGAAGCUCACUGGAAAAAGAGUUUACAAUGUCCGGUUUGCAAGGCGGUUUGCAGACCCAAAGGACUUAAGGUAACGGAUGAUCCGGAAAGACGAACUCGAAGUCAAUCCAGGAAUCAGCCCAUCCCCUAUAACGUCGGGAGACAAACGACAGACGACAUAGCUACUACUUCAGGGUCUAAUCCCAUUAGCAGCAAUGAAAGCAUCAUUUCGGCGAAUGCCAUAACGCUACUAGCUAUGGAGCGGAGAUUACUGGAGUCACUUUCAGGAAAGAUGGCCGAGUUAAUCCAAAACUCAGUAGCUGACGUUUUGACUAGGACAUUAGCAACCCAGAAUCACAGCUCGGGAAUGAGUCACCCAUGUUUACCUCCAUCAGAAGAAAGUCUGCAAGACAGGAUAGACCCAGAAAAUACCAGAAUACCUGUGAGAGAUCACACAUUAAGUCCGCGUUCCCAAAAUUCUCAGGGAAGCAAUACGACGGAGGGCCUGGUACAAGGAGUACGAGGCGGUCGUGAGGAGAGACGGUGGAGUCGUGCGAGGUUCCCAGUGGAGCAGUCGACGGCGCAUCUUGAGACGGAGCGCGGCGCGAAACCGCCCACGAGGCGCGGCAGCGAAAGGAAUGGGUUCCUACCGGAGAGCAGUCGCCGGAGGAGCUGGAGCUGA